AUGCGAAGUAGGGUUUUUGGAACCAAACCACAGAUUCUACCUGAUGUAGAUAGGAUAGAACAGGCCAAGGAGCAUCUAGCACUUAAUAACUUACUGGGCAAGAAGACCAGCAUUUCAGAAUUGAUCAAGUUCCCAGUUCCCGAGCUUAUUGGUAAAGAUUUAGACGAGCAUUUUCAUCACAUUGGCAGACACAUGUCAGAGCCAUAUUUGACUAUGGCAACAAAUUUUGUACGAAAUGGAUUACCGACAAUGCCUAGUCCAGAAACAUGGAUCAGGAAGUCUGGGUGGACACGGUAUGAUCCUGAUGGAAGCACUAAAUCAGUACCAUAUCCAGAUGAUUCUGCCCUUGUUUUUGACACCGAGGUACUAUAUAAAAUUUCAGAUUUUCCAGUAUUGGCUGUGGCCGCUUCUGAAAAGGCUUGGUAUGGAUGGGUAUCACCUUGGCUGCUUGAAGAAACAGAGAACCCCCGACAAUUGGUACCACUAGGGACAAGAGAAAAACAAAAACUGGUUGUGGGCCAUAAUGUUGGGUAUGAUAGAAAAAGAGUCAAAGAUGAGUAUCACAUUACAAGUUCAAAGAGUUUCUUUUUGGAUACAAUGUCGCUACAUAUCGCUGUCAACGGAAUGUGUUCUCGGCAACGUCCUGCAUGGAUGAAGAUGAAUAAGAAGAAAAAGAAUGGCGAGCAGACUGAUGAGGGCACUAAAGCAGUAGAUGAGUUUGCUGCUUCUUCAAAAGAUCGAAUGGGCAAUGCUAAUGAGCUACCUGAUGAACAAAGUCUAUCAUGCGAUUUAGAAGAAAACCCAUGGUUUACUCAUAGUGCACUUAAUAAUUUAGCUGAUGUUGCGAUGUUGCACUGUAAUAUCAAGAUGGACAAAACGACUAGAGACUAUUUUGGAACACUAGAUCGUCGGGGAGUGGUCGACAUGUUUGGAGAUCUGAUGGAGUAUUGCGCCACCGACGUAGAUGUUACUUACAAGGUCUUCCAAAAAGUAUUGCCUAACUUUCUUGAAGUUUGCAAUCAUCCUGUGAGCUUUGGAGCUUUGCGACACUUGUCUUCGUGUUUCCUUCCCAUUAAUCAGGAAUGGGAACAGUUUGUCGAGGGGGCUGAGAAACAAUAUCAAGAAGUUCAAUUGGAAAUUUACAACCGAUUAAAGAAAUUGGCAGAUGACGCAGUAGCUAUGCUAUCAGAAGCAGAAGACGGUACCAGGACUGUAGUAGGUGAUAAUAUUCUAAAAGAUCCAUGGCUAUCUCAACUGGAUUGGACUAUAAAACCAAUAAAAAUGGUAAAGGGCAAAAAGAAAGGUGAGCCAAGUCGGCCGGCCAAAAAUCAAAAAUUGCCUGGAAUGCCUCAAUGGUACAAAGAUUUAUACCCGACAGCUGCCUCUCCUAUGAACAUCUCACUACGGACCAGAGUUGCUCCAUUACUGCUGCGAUUACAGUGGGAUGAACAUCCGUUGUUUUGGGUUGAUAGUUUUGGAUGGAUAUUCAAAGUGAAGGGUGGUAAAGAGACUGCCAAGUAUACUAAACUCAAUUACACACGCUGUGAUAUGACUAGCCUUAGUAAAGAAGAACUUGAAAAGCUUGGUAUUAGUAAAAGGUCUAUCUACUUCAAGAUACCACACAACGACGGCCAAGCAGCUCGCUGCACUAAUCCUAUGGCCAAGCAGUACGUGUCGUAUUUUGACAGAGGAGUUCUGAGCUCGCAAUUUGAAUACGCUAAAUCUGCAGUAGAGCUCAACUCCCAAUGCACCUACUGGAUUUCAAGUCGAGAACGCAUAUCUCGGCAAAUGCCAAUUUAUGACGAAGAUACUGAUAUGGGUAUAUCCAAUGCUGAAACUGGUGACUCUAAGUUUGGCAUGAUUAUUCCCAAGAUUAUCCCUAUGGGCACUGUCACAAGAAGAGCAGUAGAGGACUUGUGGCUGACAGCUAGCAAUGCCAAAAAGUCUCGGAUAGGAUCUGAACUCAAGGCAAUGGUUAAAGCGCCUGCUGGAUAUAAAUUUGUGGGGGCAGAUGUUGACUCGGAAGAGUUAUGGAUAGCAAGCGUUAUUGGUGACUCGCUCUUUGGAAUUCAUGGAGGUACUGCUCUUGGAUGGAUGACCCUUGAAGGGAAUAAAAAUGACGGCACAGAUUUGCAUUCUAGAACGGCCAAUAUCUUAGGUAUCUCCCGUAAUGAAGCCAAGGUGUUCAACUAUGGUAGAAUUUACGGAGCUGGUCUCAAGUUUGCCAUUCAACUUCUCAAACAGUUCAACCCGCUCAUCACGGAUAAAGAAGCAGAAGAGGCUGCUACUAAACUCUACGAUGCCACUAAAGGUAAGAAGGCUAGAUCUAAUGCUUUUAAAGCAAAUAGAUUCUGGAGAGGGGGUAGUGAAAGUAUUGUGUUCAAUCGUCUUGAGGAAAUGGCCGAACAGGAUGUGCCAAGAACUCCUGUUUUGGGAGCUUCUGUUACACAGGCUUUGAUGAAACAGAAUCUUCGCAAGUCAAAUUUCCUCACGUCACGGAUUAAUUGGACCAUUCAAUCAUCAGGUGUUGAUUAUCUACAUCUGCUGAUUGCGUCAAUGGAUUACCUUAUCUCCAAGUUUAAUAUUGAGGCGAGGUUGGUUAUAACUGUCCAUGAUGAGAUUCGAUACCUCGUCAAGGAAGAAGAUAAGUACCGAGCAGCAUUGGCUUUACAAAUUAGCAAUUUGUGGACGAGAGCAAUGUUUUGCCAACAAUUGGGCAUUGAUAAUGUUCCUCAGUCGGUUGCAUUUUUUUCUCUGAUUGAUAUUGAUCAUGUACUGCGCAAAGAAGUCGACCUUGAUUGUGUAACUCCCUCCCACCCCGAAGCAAUUCCACAUGGUGAAGCUAUAAGUAUUGUUGACCUGCUAAAAAUAUGUUCUGACCUAGCUGGCGAUUCCGGAUCAGAAAAUCCAAGCUAUGCUACUUCUGACUACAAAGAACGUAUUCCUGUGUUGCGGGACCUUUCAAUGGCUGAACCGAAUAUGACGGAGUAUUUAGCGGCCCAGAUUACUUGUGAAAAGGACAAGUUUCAAAGCAUUGUUCAGAGUGUUAAAAACAAAAGCUUGAAGCGCCCAAGAAGAGUGAAUGCCAAACGUGAUUCAGGUGCAGAUGACUCCGUAUCAAAGGUUGCAAGUGAUCAAGCUAACAAUGAAACAAAAGAUCCACCAAAACGUAGCUCUAAACCUAAAUCGACUGUGAACAGAAAGAAACCCGGUGAUUCCUCUACGUCAGGUAAAAAGACUGCUACUGCGAAAGACUCUUCCAAACACAAGAAGACAUCAAAGUCCAAAGAUACUCUCUCUGCAAAUAUCAAUGAAACUUCUGAAGGAACCUGCGAGAAUAUCAUUGAAAACGAUACAUCUACGGACUUGGAUGAGGCUGUACCAGAGCAUUUACCCAUUCGCACUUCGUCUGUGUCUCCUUUCAAAUUCCCUGAGUCGUCAAAAGUUUUUGAUAACUCGACCAUCUUCUUCGAUAACGGAGAUUUUGUACUGCCAACUCGUUCUGAAUAUCGUGAAUACUAG